CGUCAGAAGGGGGUGGAAGAAAAGGAAAUCUUGGGCUGACAAUCCCCAAACCAAGGCCUGACAUCAGAAUAUGCAAAGUAUGGCCUGCAUAUAUGGUUGAAUCUUUGCUGUUCAGGACCUCAGCAUUUCCCUGUAGCAGAAGCAUAUGUCAUAAGUUGAUAAAGCAUGGUGUAGAGUUGCUGAAUUACGCCUAACCAGGAUUAUGGCUGUGGAAACAAAUCAUCUGGCUGCUUACUGAAAGGGCACGGCUCCUUGACUGCUUAUCAAGAUUUGCUGAGCAAUAACAUUUCACCUUUUAACAAAUCAGUAGUCUAUUGAAUUGCUGAGAAAAAUCCUGUAAGAAAGAGUUUCUACACUCCUGCAUUUGACUGUCUUGCUUAGUCAAUCAUUAGGCUAUUCUUAGAUGCAAACGUCUGAGGAACACCAAAGUUCAGGUGGUAUCCACAGGUUGUACCACCAACCUGUGCAAGAGCUCCAACCCUAUUGCUUGUCUGAAAUCCAAAUUUUAGACAACAAUGAGUGCCCCAGCAAUGGCAUCCAGCAAACGCACUUAUCCUUUGGAACUUACAAUGAACAGUACUUCACACUGGAAUCAGCCCCAGUAACUGCUGGUUGCAAUGUGUGUGAUACCUCCCCAUCUGCGGGCAGCAUCUCAUCUAACAGGAGUCCCUUUUCACCUCAAGGUUCUCAAUCGUACUUGUCAGACCCACAUCAUUCCCCUGAUAAUACUUCUGGAUCGCCAAUAAGUGGGUCUUCUGGGGUUGAUGAUGGCAAUGAACUGAGACACAAACUGAGAGAGUUGGAACUUUCACUGCUAGGGCCUGAAUCAGAUACUACUGACAGUUGUAAUUGCUCUUUCAGAAGUGGUGCCCACCAAGCCGCCUCAAUAGCUAGGUGGAAAAUGGUAGAAAUGAUCCCCAGUUUAGACUUGAAACAAGUGCUUGUAGCCUGUGCAGAAGCGGUGUCAGAAAAUGAUAUGUCCAGGACAGCAGAUCUAAUGGGUGUAUUGGAACAGAUGGUCUCAGUUUCUGGAGAGCCCAUCCAAAGGUUGGGUGCAUACAUGUUGGAAGGACUUCGAGCAAGGUUGGAAUUAUCAGGGAGUUGCAUCUACAAAGCCCUAAAGUGCAAAGAGCCCACAGGCCCAGAAUUGCUAUCUUACAUGCACAUCCUCUAUCAGAUCUGUCCCUACUACAAGUUUGCCUACAUGUCUGCCAACGUUGUUAUUGGGGAGGCCAUAAAAAAUGAACCAAGAAUCCACAUCAUUGAUUUUCAGAUUGCGCAGGGCAGCCAGUGGGUAUCCCUCAUCCAGGCCCUCGCAUGUCGGCCUGGUGGAGCCCCACUCAUCCGCAUAACAGGCGUGGAUGAUUCUGAUUCAGCUCAUGCUCGUGGUGGAGGACUUCAUAUGGUGGGGCUAAGGCUAUCAAAGGUUGCUGAGUCCUGCAAUGUGCCAUUUGAGUUCCAUGCUGCAGGCAUGUCUGGUAGUGAGGUUGAACUAGAAAACCUUAGGAUUUGUCAUGGGGAAGCCCUGGCUGUGAAUUUUCCAUACAUGUUACAUCACAUGCCAGAUGAGAGUGUGAGCACUGCGAAUCACAGAGACCGGCUGUUGAGGCUAAUUAAGAGCCUACAACCCAAGGUUGUGACGCUUGUUGAGCAAGAAUCCAACACCAACACUUCCGCAUUUCUCCCACGGUUUGUUGAGACACUGGAUUACUAUACAGCUAUGUUUGAGUCCAUUGAUGUUGCACGGCCAAGGAAUGACAAGCAGCGGAUCAAUGCGGAGCAGCACUGUGUAGCUCGAGACAUAGUCAACAUAAUAGCAUGCGAGGGGGCUGAAAGGGUGGAACGGCACGAGCUUCUUGGUAAAUGGAGGUCAAGAUUUUUAAUGGCUGGGUUUAAUCCAUAUCCAUUAAGCUCCUCAGUGAGUCUCGCCAUCAAGGAUAUGUUGAAGGAGUAUAGCCCGAAUUUCUGGCUUCAAGAGAGGAACGGAGCCCUCUAUCUCGGUUGGAAGAACAGGAUCUUGGCAACCUCCUGUGCAUGGGUGUGAAAACCUGUGCGUACUUUAGGAGUUACAGCAUACACCUGUAGAUUUUUUUUUCCCCUUAUAUUAUUCUUGAUCAUGAGGACUUGUUUUAGAAGCUCCAUCCUGAACAUAAAUUUCUUGUAAAUGCCCGCCUUGGAAUGAAAUAGAAAAUCAUAAUGGAUGAGUUAUACUGC